UCAGCGUUGUGACAUACAGCGACACUAAAAACACAUUCGAUCUGUUGUGUUUUAUUCUAACCUCUUCAUGGUAUUUAUGUCGAUUUUUCUUCGCUAAUAAAAGUGUUAAUUAUAAAACUUCCUUAGAAAUAUUAAAUAAUAUAGAAGUUAACAAUUUUUUUUUAAUUAUGGAUAUCAGACCAAAUAAUACAAUUUAUAUAAAUAAUCUAAAUGAAAAGAUAAAAAAAGAAGAAUUAAGAAAAUCGUUAUAUGCAAUAUUUUCUCAAUUUGGACAAAUUUUGGAUAUUGUAGCAUUAAAAACAUUAAAAAUGCGUGGUCAGGCAUUUGUUAUUUUCAAAGAAAUAGCAAGUGCAACGAAUGCAUUAAGAUCUAUGCAGGGAUUUCCUUUUUAUGAUAAGCCAAUGAGGAUACAGUAUGCUAAGACAGAUAGCGAUUUAAUUGCAAAAAUGAAAGGUACAUUUGCAGAACGUCCUAAAAAACCAAAACGUGUAGUACCGGCAGCAGAUGAGGAAGCAAAACGGGCAAAGAAGCGUGCUAAGGAACAAGCAAAACAUUCACAGCAAAUUGGAUAUCAUCCUGGUGUGCCGCAACAUCCAGGAUUAGUUAAUACAGCUGUACCUGAACAACCUCCAAAUCAAAUUUUGUUCCUUACAAAUCUUCCUGAUGAAACUAGUGAAAUGAUGUUAUCUAUGCUUUUCAAUCAAUUUCCUGGUUUUAAAGAAGUUCGUUUAGUACCAAAUCGGCAUGAUAUUGCAUUUGUUGAGUUUGAAAAUGAAGUUCAAUCGGGUGCUGCUAAAGAUGCACUUCAAGGAUUUAAAAUUACACCUUCACAUGCGAUGAAAAUAUCUUUUGCGAAAAAAUAAUUGCAAAGACUUUAAUCUUAAGAUUAUUAAUGAAAUAAAUAUAUGUAAACAUUAAAUGCAUAAAUAAUGAAAAAAUUAUUAAACUGGAUAUGUAGUCAUAUUUUAAUAAUUUUUAUACAAUAUAGUUUCUUGAAUAUAAAAAGUAUUUAUUAUUAAGUAAUAAUUAUGCAAAGAUCAAUCACUCUGUGAACCAUACUUAAAAUAUUUAAAAUAUUUAUCAUGGUAUGAUAAACAUAUACACGAUUUUGUAUCAGGAUACAACUGAUCUUGCUUUGAUUUAUGAUAGUUUUACAAUUUAAAGCUAUUCAUUACUCCUAGUUUUAUAAUGAUUUAUGACAAAAAUGACUACAGGCAUAAUUCUUUACCGAUUUUGAUAAACAAGAUCGUAUUUUACAAAUGAAGGUUUAAGCGAGAGCAUGGCUUUUCCGCAUUUUUUAAUAUUAAAUAAAAAAUUUUAUUUUUCUUGGCAAAAAUCGCGUCGAAAAAAUCUUUCGAGAAUAGAUAAACACACAAUAUAUUCUUAUAAACAAGAUUAAGUAAAAAUUAAUAAGAAUAAAUAGGGUAUGUCCUUCCCGUCUACAAAUUUAUCCGUCCAUACAAAUCAUCCCAAAUUCUAUUGUUUCUUCAACUAUCGCAGCAGAUCUCGUGCCAGUAUUGCAUGUGCAUACUUCGUCAUAGCAAGUUCCUUAUUUAUUUUUCAUUCCAAAAAUAAAGUAAGUAAAUUAAACAUUAAACAAAAAUCAUUAUCUCAAUCAUUAUCUCAAUAUAUGAUAUUGUUAUGCGUUUGAAUAAAUAAGAAUAAAUUAGAAUUAAUAAGAAAAAUAAAAAUAAA